UGAUGGGAAUUGCCUCAAGAUGCGAUCUCGAUAUGUUUGAUAUUUGUGAUGAUCCGUGUGGCGUCUUUUUUACGACUUUAUUGGUUUUAUAGAAAAAAGAUUGGAUCUUUCUUGGGUUUUUGAUAUUGGUGUGGUUGCUUUCUUGUAUUUUUAUUUUAUUUUUUCUGUGAUGGUGAAUUAGAUUUUGCAAGGAUACGAUCUUGAUUGGUGUUUCUUGUGCUUUAUUGCUUUAUUUGAGUUGAUAUAAUAUUCGAACAUAUCUUUCUGAUUUGGUAAAAAUUAAGAUGGGAUUUUCUCUGUUCUUGGCUUGUUUCUUGUGAUCUUUACUAAAUCUUUUGAUUGAUUGAUGAAAUCUGUUUUCAGUCCGUAUGGGUUUUGGAUUUCUUGGUGAUGAUGAAGAGAGUUGAUUGAAAAAUGGUUGGAUCUUGAUGGGUUUCUUUUUGAUCUGUAUAAAGUCAUCAGUUUGAUUUUUGUAGAGUUUGUUUAGAUGAAGAGAUUGAAUUUUUGAUUUCAAGGCUUUUUCAAUGUAUUUUAUUCUUUCUAUGAUUGCAGGAAAGAGUGAAUGUUAUAACGCAUGAUCUUGAAACUGAGGUGUUUUAAUAUAUCAUAUUCUUUCCAUAAUGUAUUUAUAUGAGUAAAGAUGGUGCCAUUUCCUUAGUUUUGAGUUCCCUUAAUUUCUUUAUUUAAUGAACUUAAACUGAUGAGCUUCAGUAGAACGCAUUAUCUCCUGAAGGUAUUUAAGAAAGAUGGGGAUACUUUCUCAUGUUUCAAGUUUUCUUGCUUUCCUGAUUGGGAAAGGAUAGUAACAUUCUUCUAUACUUCUUUCUUUCUUUGCUUCCCUGUUCUGGAUAUUGGAUAAAGAUCACCUUAGAUCAUUUUUUUUUGUUUAAUUUUUCUGAGCGAAGAUCUUAAUGAUGACGAUGACACAAAUUCGUGGUUUGAGGAACUUCAGUACUCUAAACAUUUUUAAAUUCUUUAGUGAAAUUUAACAUAUUUCAUUCUUUCAAUGAAAUAGAUUGCAGAACUAUCCUACUUCUAAUUCCUCGUUUUAUUUGUCUCAUUUGUUUCAGUUGUAUCAUAGGAUGAAUAUGUUGGGUAGGGGAAAAUUGCUGCUGUUUGCCUUUCAAUUUAAAUGAGGUUGAGAAGCAAUUAAAGGAUUCACAGCAGUCAUCCUUGUCUCAGUUUCAGAAUAACAUACCAGUGGCAUGCAGUCUUAACUGCAGAAAAUUGAGAUCCUGACCUUCUCCCAAUGGACGAGGAGGCAAGAGAGAGGGGUAUUAUCUCAGGAACCCUGGGGAUUGUUGAGCCUAAAGGAGGGGAGAGGAUAAAUUGGACCGGGAAAACAUCUUCUAGAGGCUCACCUUCUUUUUCGAACAGUGAUGCAAAGCCUCUGCCUCGAUAUCUCCAAACUUCUGUAAAGUCAUGCCAUGAUUUUUGUAAGUAUGGAAGGAAACAUGGUUUUGAAGGGAAGGAAAGGCAUUCCUUUCUUCGCAGAUCAAGAAAUAAUGUUGUCACGGGUGAAGAGCAAAAUGAGGCAAAAGCUUUGGAUUUCGGAGAAAGAGGGAAGAGACCUGUAAGUAAACCGAAAGCCUCACCGAUGCAGAGAAUUGAAUUUUCUGAUAAACCAAAAGCCAUCAAGAAUAAGGCUUUGUCAGCAACCAAGGGACCUGGAUUCUUGGAGAAACAUGUCAGCAAGGAGUUGCAGACUCUGUCACCUGGCCAUAAAAACAUUGCAUCCGGCAAGCGGGCAAUUCUCGCUGCAUCCCCAGAAAAUGAACAGAUAAAGUUAAAAAGCCUCGACACACGUGGCAGAAAGGAGAGACAGAUAAUUAAACAGAGGUCUCCACUGCAGACAAAAACUUUCCUGAACAAGCCCAAAGUUUUGAAGCAAAAAGAUCCAUCCCGUGGCAAUGAAGUUGAUGCAUGCGGGAAGCCUGGUACGAUGAAGGAAAAGACCGUGUUAUCUGCCAAGAAAGCUAUGGCAUCUGUUAAGCCCAAAUUGCUCAGGCAGAUAUCUGUGAAGAAACCUGUGACAGCUGCUAAACCAGUUAUUAUUAAGCCAAAGGCAACGGGGCCUCCCAAGAGUAUUGGUAUCUCUGCUAAACCUGAAAUCUCUUUGAAGGCAAAGAAGACUCCAGAGGUAAAGUCUGCAUCCCCAUUAACUCCUUCAGCAGGUUUAGCUAGUCGAAGGAAUCGGGAGCACAAGACAUCUCAGGUUCUGGGAAAGACAAAAGUUGGAGAAGGAAAAGUAUUGAGACCAUCAACAGCUUCUUUGCCUGCCAAGUCUGCUCGUAAUGGUGUCUCAAACUUGCAACUGACGAAGCAUACCAAUGCAAAGCUCGCUACUCCUGUAAAAGGUCAAGAAAAUGUUGAAAAUACCGCACAUGAUAGUGGAGAAAAGGUUGAAAAGGCUGAACAUGACAUUGAUGGGAAUGAGGAGAAAACAUUGUUUGUCAUUGAGCCCAAAGAAGAGAAUGCUGAUUUGGACUUGAUGCAGCAAAUAUCUGAUGGCCACCAGACAUUAGAAUCAAUUUCGCUUGACGAGGAAGAGGUUGAGGAACCUGAAUCUGUGUCUGGAUUUAGUAAGUCAAGUGAAUCACUAUUUGAUGAUGUGGGAACGGAAAGCAACAGCAGUGAUGAAUUAUCAAAGGGUGAAGACAGGAGAAGACCACGAAGAACUUCAACCAUUCACCCAGAAGAUAAUAUUCCUGCGCCUUACAGAUUGAAGUUUAGGAGAGGUAGAGUAAUUGAACUGCAGCCUGAGAGCAAUGGUCCAAGAAGGCUCAUAUUCAGGAGAAGAGGAGUGGCGGGUGAGAACCCAAAUGGUCGUCUAGUAGGGAGGAGAAGUUUUAGGCGGAGGAAUGGGAUGGAUGUCUCAAAUGAUCCAAAUCCACAAGCUCAAGGUGUGGUCCUGAGGCAUCAAGAUGAACAGGGGAAGAAAGGGACUCAGAGUCUGUUCAAUAAUGUGAUUGAAGAAACUGCAAGUAAGCUUGUAGAGACCAGGAAGAGCAAGGUGAAAGCUUUGGUGGGCGCUUUUGAGACUGUGAUCUCCCUCCAGGAUAGCAAACCAGCAUCUACAGCCUAGGUUGGUGGUAAAGUGACUGUCUUUCCAUGAUGAUUAUACGAAUGAUCAUGGUCAGACUGCAAUACAGUACAUUGUUAAAUAUAACUCAGAAUGUGUUGAGUAUAUAUCGUAUAUGCUCCGACUCUACAAGUAUACAUGAAGUUGGAUUUAUGGAAAGGCUUGUGUGUAUAUCUGUAAAUGAAGAGAUGUAUGUCGAGAAAAGUAGCUUGGGUUGAAAAGGUUUGGAGUCUGCAUGCAUUAUUUUCUGUUGUGUUGCUUUAUUUCUGUUGCUGGGACGAACUUAUUCACUUUAUUUUUUAGUUCAUGCUAAUUGUUUCUUCUUGGAACUGUACUUAAUAAGCCCAGUAGCAUUAGGUGGAUUGAUAUUUGUUUGAAUGAGUGUAUUUGUAUUGUUCAUUCGAUGAGUAAGUUGGCCAUGAGUUUCUUA